UUAAAUAUGUUUUCAAUAAACUUAUAAUUUAUGCUUUUGGAGUUGAUAAAAUAAAUACAAUUGAUGUUGAGGGCUAAAAGGAGCUAUUUCCGAGCUCUAUACCAUGAAGAAUGACAGUCGAAAACGAAUAAAUGAGGGUUGCUCGCGAGGGCUCGUGGCCCCGGCAACCGAAAACGAGUUUUCCACGGUCCAUAAAAUUUCCUAGUGCCCUGUCAAAUCGCAAACUUGCUUCUUUUCCUUCGUCCUAUCAAAAUUUUCUUUAAACACGAAACGUAUCCCAAGUUCCGGAGUGGGACCUCCCUGGUAAUACGAUAACUCCUAGUGAAUAUCUAGAUGUUUUAUAAAAGUGUCCGAACAUGGUGCGUUAGGUAGGUGCGUCUUGUGUACUCGGUUUUCAAAAGAGGUACGAGCUGGACUCAAGGCCCAAAAUUUUAGUGUUGCAACAACUCCAAUGACAGAGCGGGUCGACCUAUUUUUCCCGGUUAAAACUGAUGUCAAUUUUUGACUUUAUCAAAGCACUGACAGUGACUGGUAUUUGAUGCUUGAAAAAGAGUGACAAAUCAUUCUCCGAAUAAGAAGUGUGCCUGUAAUAGAGUCCAACCGGUACUGGUGAAGACAGGUAGAAAGAAAGACAGGAUUACAUACGACAGGAGUCAGGGAAUCCUCCAAUGAAGAGCCACUGGCAUGGCCACGCGACUCAGCCCCCGAAACUCGGAGGUGAACGCUCUUGAGCAGCGGGGCUAUCUGAUUGGCAAAAAAAUUGGACAGGGUUCUUACGCGACUGUCCAUCUUGCUGAAUAUGUGGAUGGACCUAGUACGAAAAAAAUGCGAUUGGCUUGUAAGAUCUUUGACAAGGAAAAAGCACCACGUGACUUCCUGGAUAAGUUUUUCCCAAGAGAAUUAGAGAUACUGACAAAGAUUGAGAAUCCUCAUAUUAUACAAGUACAUAGUAUCCUUCAGCGCGGUCCACGAGUUUUUAUAUUUAUGCGUUAUGCCGACAAUGGCGACCUCCUCGAUUUUGUCAAGAGGAACGGUGUUGUGCCGGAACAACAGUCUAAGCUAUGGUUCCGACAAAUGGCUUCUGGUCUUCAUUAUCUUCACGGAAAGAAUAUAGCACACCGGGACUUGAAGUGCGAAAAUAUUUUACUUUCUCGUAAGUUCAAUGUAAAGCUUGCGGACUUCGGCUUCGCAAGGUAUUGCAUCGAUCACGACGGCAGAAGGGUGCUCAGUCAUACCUAUUGCGGAUCGGCAGCUUAUGCGGCACCGGAAGUCGUAUCUGGGACACCCUACAAUCCCAAAUUAGCAGAUGUCUGGUCCCUGGGAAUUAUACUUUUCAUAAUGCUUAACGCAUCCAUGCCUUUCGAUGACUCGAAUUUACGAAAGCUUCUCAAGAAUCAAAUGUCCAGAAACUGGGUAUUCAGAUCCCGUGUAAAGGACACAGUUUCUACCUUGGCCAAGAGUAUAGUUAAGCAUAUUCUGGAACCAGACAUAACAUUAAGGUUCACCUUAGACAGGGUACUAAACCAUGAAUGGAUCAGAACCAAAAAGGAUAAGAGUGGAUCUCUGGUUGGUAGACUGGUACAUUCUGCACCGCCAAUUCAUCCUCAAACGAAUGGUGGUGGUGGAUUAAACGGAGGGGGAACAACAGCAACCGGAAGUCCCCCAACAAUUCCUAGAAUAGGUCUGUCAGGGUUUAAAGGUAUAGAGAAUGCUAGUCAACCGUCUACUAUGAAAAGCAUAGACAAUCCAGGAAAGGAAUCAUCUAAUCAGUCACCGAUAACUGUUGAGUGAUGAAUACAAGUUUUCUAAUGAUUUUAUGUGAAGCAUUGAUAGUCGAUGUGAAAGUUAAAGGAAUACGACCCGCAUCUAGUCAUCACAAAGAUUCUAUAUUUUUCAAGAAUUUCACUUUGUAAAAUAUUAAUUAUUCAUCUGUAUACAAAUGGUAAUUUUUGCUAAUAUAUAAUGUCGAAAUAAAGAUUGAACAUUCUUGGGAAGUGAUAA